CAACAACGUAAACAACUGAGCGGCUUGCCAGCACUUGUUUAUUGUUCGUUUUGCUGAUAAGCUUUAGUUAUUCCUGUACACAUACCUAAGCAAUGCAGAGAGAAAAAGAACCAAGUUGAGGAAAAGCAGGAAAAAUACAAUGACCUCCAAAUUCAGAAGCGAUAAACAUUUACAGUUGCUGCGUCAAGAGAAUAAAAAACUCCACGGUGAAUUAGAGGGUCUAGAGAGUGCGCUGAUUCUCCAUCAGAGAUUUCAGGAGGAAGAAGACAAUGGGCUCCGGGGCAUACUCAGGAAAGAAAUAGGAGGUUCAAGAUGGGAGCACGGCGGUGUUGGAAAAAUGAAUAGCUACAGAGGCAUAAGAGACCUAAAUAAACAGAACUCAGAGCAAAAGAAUGCUGGACAUCAAAAUGCUAAAGAAGGUGGAAUUCUAAAACCACAGCAGAAAGGUACCAUUAAUAAGAAUCAAGGUAUUGAAAGUAGGCAGCUAUAUAAAACAUAUAGUGUCACAGAUAAAACCUCAGAAAUAUCCCCCCUGAAUGGUGAAAAGCCAAGGGAGCAAACUCCAACUAACAGUAAGGAAAGAAAGAGAGAGAAGCAAGACAGGGAAGAGGGACAGACUGCCUUAAACACGGAGACAUUCACUGUUGACAAAAUGUCAGCCAUGAAAGCCAAGGUGUUAGAGAAGGCCAGCUCCAAAGUCAUCUGGAGAAAGAAAAGCUUGCAGACAGAAAACACUGAGACUGAAUCCAAGUCUGAUAUUCCAGAAACUGACAGUAAAUCCAAUUCAAAUGUAAGGAAAGAUGUAAAAGAGAGAGAACUGAAGAUAGUGGCUGGUAAUGUGGGUAAAGAAGGCAACACCAAAAAUACAGCAGGUAGAGACUUAUUAGCUCAGAAAGGAAAUGUAAAACCUUCAAAGGAAUUACAAACAGAAGUUAAGAAAGAAUCCCCGAAGCAAACCAACAGGAUUGACCCAGAACUGCUCGGCAAAAAACAGAAAUCUACAACAGAUAUGUCAAGUGUUCAUCAGGGGCUGGAUCCUGAACAGUGCAGUAGAAGUGGUAGAUCCAUUACAGACAUGACAAGUGUUCAUCACACAGAAUCUGUCCUCAAGGAAUUAAACUCGCAUCCCUCUAGUUCUAAUCAAAGUCAUUCACAGACUGUGUUACACUCAAAGGAAAAGACUAGCAGUUCAAAUUUGUCCAAAGUGAAGUGUGAUCCUAGUGUCUAUUCAUGGUUAAGGAGACUGGCUCUUCUAGAGGAAGAAAAGUAUGUUGACAUGUUUGCAAGAAAUGAAAUAGACAUGAGUGUGUUGAUUACACUGGAUGAAAAACAGCUGGAGAAGAUGGGCGUGCUGGCACUGGGAGCAAUGAAGAAACUUCUAGCAGGAAUUGAAGAAUUAAAAGUUAAAGAGAAAAAAUAUGAAGCGCAGGUCAAAGAAAAGUCUGAGAUAAAUAGUCCUAAGACAAAAAACACAGAUAAUUUGAGUCUUAAGAUAUCUGAUGUGCCGAAAAAGAGUAAAAGCGAAGUGAAAAGUCCCAAAUGUGCAGAGGCUAUCAGUGUGAGAGAGUCUUCAAAGUUCCCAAAAUCUGACAAACUAGGAGAUGAUAAAGGUGGUUAUCUAGAGCAAGCACCUGUUAAAGCCAGUGUCUCUGUGAAAAGAUCCAACAGCAUGAUGUCACAAACUUACACAAAAAACGAGGCUCAGCAAACUUCUGGCGGCGAAUCUCGUAGAAAUUCACAGAAAAUGGAGAAGUCAGGCGGAAGACAAAGGGAUGGUUCACUGACCAGGUCAAAACCGGGUAAAGGAGUUCUGAUAAUGGACAGACCACAAAGUGCCAAAGUUAAAAACAGGAAACAAAAAUCAGGACCCAACCUUCCCAGGGCCAAGUCUGCCAACAUAACUAAUAAGAGGGCAGCAGAAUUAACAAAUAAAAAGGCGGAGGAAGGAAUCAAAGCAGCCAUACAGAGAAGCCGGGGUAGACAGGAGUCACCAGAAGCUAAGUUGUUGAAGGAACAGAACAAAUCUAACAGAGAUGAAAUGGCCGCCAGGCACCUGGAGAGGGAAAAGAAAAGGAGGGAGGAAUCACUGGAGAAGAGGAAAUUAGAAGAUGAGAAGAAGGAGAGAGAGGAAGACACAACAGAAGAUGAGGACACACUGGAGGACCUGGUCAAGGUCAUUACCUAUAGCAACACAGUCAGGUCAAAUCAGGCAGUAGAAGAUUCUGCACACACAGCUUCUGCGUUGCCCCAGAGACAACCCCUUUAUCGACCCAACCCUUCCAAACCACCCCUAAGACAAAGCGUGGCAGUGUCAGCGAGCUCUUACCUUCAUCAUGAAAACCAAAGUUUAAGUUCUAUCAGGAAUAUGUCCAGUAGGCAUUCCUACAGUUCAAGGACAAACACAGUCAAGGACAUUGAAAAACAGAUUGACACACUGACAAAGAAAGCCCUAGCAGGGGACACAGUCACAAUGGAUUUAGUCAGAGAUCUUCAAAAACGAUUAGACGAACUGGAAACUCAGAUAAGGAGUCCACCUGACAAAUCAGGGAAUCAAGGCCAUAGGUCAAAGGGCAGAAAUGUGGGUCAGGGAUAUGGAGAUAAUUCAUACAAAGAGGUGGAGGGGGGUUACAUGUCAAGUAAACAAGCUGGGUCAGGGUCAUGGAACAAGGAGGAACAGUUUGAAGAACUAACACAGGAAAGGAAGCAACAUCGUAACGAGCUUCGACAGCUCCAAACAGAACUGAAUCGAAUCCGACAGACCCAUCCAAUCCGAUCCGUGGAGAUCAGUAUCCGAGAUCUGGACUAUGAUGUGUCAGAUGUGAUUGGAGAGGGAUCAUUUUCCACAGUUUACCAUGGUCUGUAUCAAGGCUCAGAUGUAGCUAUAAAACAGCUGAAGAUUCCACUCUCUCCUCAAGACUACAACUACUUUACAGCAGAGGUGAACCUCCUGAAGGACCUGAGACACCCCCGCGUGGUGCUGCUGAUGGGGGUCUGUACCUCAGAACGGCUCCCUCUUAUGGUGCUGGAAUUCAUGGCUAACGGGACACUUCAUCAGAGACUGCAUGACUCAACCAGCCCACCUUUGGAUCAUGCUGAGUUUUUUCGGUAUGCUCACGACAUUGCCCUGGGUAUGAACUACCUACAUCAACAUAAGCCCUCAGUGUUACAUCUGGAUCUCAAGUCAAUGAAUGUGUUACUGUGUGGAGACAAUAGGGCAAAGAUUGCAGACUUUGGAUUCUCCAAAUUCAGACAUGAGGCAGAUCAGAGGGCCAGUAAAGCCUCCAAAUGUAAGCCAGUUCAGGGCUCCCCCUGCUGGAUGGCCCCUGAACUACUGGAGACAGGGGACAUAACUACCAAGGCUGACGUCUACAGUUUUGCGAUUGUUCUGUGGGAAAUGUUGACCAGGAAGCAGCCCUAUGAAGGCUGUUCUGUAUAUCAGAUUCUGGAGAAGGUUCGUACCAACAAGAGACCAGACAUCCCUGAGUGUUGUCCUGAACAGCUGGCCAGCUUCAUCAAGAAAUGCUGGGAUCCUCUCCCCACCAAAAGACCUCCAUUCAGGGAUAUCCUGGUUAAGCUGGACAACAUGACCUUCCCACCAGAUUGGCAGGCGCUAUUUAAGGAAGCAGGAAUUCCCCCUGUGGCAUUAGAGGAUGUCCAAUCAGCACGCACCAUUAUCAGUCUAGUCAGCAACACCCUGGAUACAGAAAACGUACGCACACUUGUUGAGGAUAUCCGAGUGUCACAUGACAGUCUUGUGCCACCUACAGAAAGCCUAACCCUGUGUAUCCCCGAUGACAGCCCCACUCCUCGGCCAAGAUCCAGUCUGGAUUCUGACUCUUCUGACGAGAGUUUCAUAUUCCCUGAUAGUGCCACAGAAAAUAAAUUGGGUAUUCCCUCUCCCAAGCCUGGUCAGGGAGUAAAUAGCAGUGUAGAUUUAAGUCUGAACCUGAAGGCUUUGGAUGAGAACUCUCCUACUCUACCUGAAUUAAUUAAAACCAUGGAAAAGAAGUCCAAGAACAUUUCAGAAUCACCAACAGUGAAAAAGGAUACAGCUUCUCCAAAACUCAGUGUCACCAGACUAUCACUUGACAGUGAGACUCUAGAAAAACAAAAGAAUAAACUAAGAGCCUCAACAGACAGAAGUUCUGCUAGGAAACAAAAUGAAACACGUGAAAAUACUCCAUGCAAUGUGCCAGAAAAGAAAGUGAAUAAUGAAGAAAGGUCUGCCAAAACUCCAAAGCCAACUCCAAGAUCAUCCAAAAGUGGGACACAUCCUACACUUCAGGAUGAACUUAAGCUAAGACUUAGUAGUGGAGAUCCACUAAAACCAAGCACUAGCCAGUCACCAGUGAUAAAUAAAUCUAGUUCUAGUCGACAAGAGAAGGACAGUGGUCUAUCACCCAUACGUGACCCCAAAAAAAGUGUAUCAGAGACUGUGAAGACCUCCCUAGAGGCUGGCGUGCAAACAGAAUCUAGUGUAAAGACUUCCCUAGAGGCUGGUGUGUGUACAGUGUCUAGUGUUACAGGUGAGGAGGAGGAGGGAGAAGAUAUCCCUGAGGAGAUUGAGGAGGCAGACAGCCUUGAUGAGGACAGUCUGGAGGAAAUGCCACUGAGGGACAGCCUGGAAACAGACCGAGGACUGUUAAAAAAUGAAUCCAAUUCCUUCACUGUGGUAACAGACACCAGCAUGAAAAGGAAUGAUUCAGUCAGAAAAAGCAAGAAUGGAUCAAUCUUAGAUGAACUUAAUUCUAAGUUUUAUGAUGCAAAGAAGGUGAAAGUAAUAGGGGAACAGACUGGUGUCCCUUUGUCCUUGGGAACAGCCAGGCAGAGUAUCGAGGCAUGGGUUGAUGAUAAAGAAAGAAUCGAUAGUGCUAGAAGUGACCGCUCCAGAAAAAGGACACCACCUUCACAAAUGAUGCCACCCCCAAUACUGAUCCCAGAGAACCCACCCCCACCCCCUCCCCCUCCUCCACCCCCACCUUUCCCUGUCCAGAGCUUACCAGGACCACCUCCCUCCUCACAGACCGGAUUCUCAGUUGUCUCCCCUUCACAGUCUCCCCUCAAAGCUUCAGUGACUCCAUCUCUUUCCCCACAUCGAAAGCAGCCUGCAAAGUCUGAGACACAACUUAGGACUAAAUUCAAUUCUGAGAAUGCUAGAUUUAUGUUGAAGUCAGUGGAACUGCGAGAACAGAGGGAUAUGCUUCAACCAACAGAUGAGCCCCAUCCCUAUCAACUGCAAGAUCUGAGCCAAGUUAGCAAGGGCACUAUAUCCUCUAUAGCAGAGAUACUCAAACAGGCUGUUUCCAGUAGAAGAGUAGCGAUGAAGGAAGACAUUCAUAGCCCCACCCAUUCUGUGGCCAGUAGCUGGUCUUUUGUGGAUGAUUGACAUUGUCUGCAUACAUAGCUCCACCCACUCUGUGGCCAGUACCUAGUAUUAAAUUGAGGUUGAUUGACAGCAUACCUUGCUUACUUUAUGAUGUGAACAGUACCAAAUCUUUUGGAGAUGAAUGACAACAUCAUAAUACAUAGCCUUGCCCACUCUGUGGCCAGAAGCUUGUAUUUUGUGGAUGACUGAUGGCAUCAACAUUAUGUUUGCCAGCAUAGAAUAAUACCGUGUAUCUACAUUUAUAUUUAUAGUUUAUUUAAAUCGCUU